AUGGACAAGUUACCUAAAUUAGCAUCUCUGGGCGAUAAUACCAAGGUGAUUGAUGCUACAAAUAGACAUGUUACAUCUAUCUUACCCAUAGUAGGUAUAGGUAGAUUAGGACAAACAACCUUGGCGAAGUUGGUCAUUAAUCACGAGAGGAUAAAAGAACAUUUUGAUCAAACCAUAUGGGUGUGCGUGUCUCAACCUUUUAAUGUCAAGAAGAUUUUGGGAGCAAUCUUAGAAACUCUGAAGGGUACUUCUAGUAGUUUGGACAAUAAAGACGUCUUACUUCGUGAAGUUAAAAAAAAGAUGCAUGGAAAAACAUAUUUUCUUGUGCUGGAUGAUGUUUGGAAUGAAGAUCCUUCUUUGUUGGGUGAGUUGAAGAAUUGUUUGAUAAAGAUCACUGAAAAUUCAGGAAAUAGUAUCCUUGUGACUACCAAGAGUGCUGAAGUUGCAAAAAUCAUGAAAACACUUCCUAGUCAUGAUUUAGUUAAACUCUCUCACCAUSAGUGUUGGUCCUUAUUUCAAGAAAGUGCAAAUGCAAAUGGACUACCAAUGACUCCAAGUUUGAAAGUUGUUCGAGAAGAGUUAGUCAAGACAAUUGGUGGCAUACCAUUAGUUGCAAGAGUCCUGGGAGGGGCAGAACCAUAUUUAGGAAACACAGACAAUUGGGUGACAAAGUUAAAAAGUUUAGUAAGUAAUUCAUUGCAAAACAAAAAUAUUGCUACAUCCGCACUAAAAUUAAGUGUAGAUCGUCUACCAAAACAUUCUUUAAAGCAAUGUUUUGCCUAUUGUUCAAAAUUUCCCAAAGAUUUUAAGUUUAAGAAAGAACAACUAAUUCAAAUGUGGAUGACACAAGGAUUUAUUCAUCUACCCGAAGAAGGAAGAAGUAACGAAACAAUAGAAGAUGAAGGAGAUAGGCACUUCAAGAUCUUGUUGCGUCGUUGCUUAUUUCAAGAUGUUGUUCAAGAUGAUAGAGGAAGAAUUGUAAGUUGUAAGAUGCAUGAUCUUAUACAUGAUAUUGCAUGUGAUGUUUCAAAUGAUCAUAAAUUGCAAUAUUCUAGCCAUUCAUUGGAUGGGGAAGUUUGGACGGAUGAGAAUAAAAAAAUUGCAAGCAAGUUACACACCAUAAUUCAUUAUCAAGAUCAGAUGAUGCCUCCCGUAGUGGACAAGAUGUGUCAUAUAAUAGAGAAAGUGAUUCAUGAUAAGAUGAUGAACUUUGUUUGUUUGCGUGUUUUGAAGAUGAAUUCUAGGUCAAUUUCUGAGUUACCAGAUUCUAUUGGGGGCUGUCUAAAUUGUGAAAGGCUUCCAAUGCUUGGGCAGUUAACAAACUUAAAGAGGCUUGAUGUAUAUGACUUGCAUAGUAUUCGAAGUUUAGGAAAUGAAUUCUAUGGAAAUGAUUGUAAUCAAAGGACCUUAUUCCCCAAGCUAAAGGCAUUCUAUGUCUCUGAUAUGGAGAACUUAGAGCAGUGGGAAGAAGUAACAGUUGCUUCAAAUCUCACCACAUUUCCUUGCCUUGAAAAGUUGAGCAUUCGUACAUGUCGCAGGUUAAUGAACAUUCCAGAUGUUUUUGGUUCUCGUGACGAGAAUGGGGUCGAGCACCUUCGUCUUCUGAAUAUUUCAUAUUGUGAUGGAAUGACCAAACUUCCAAACGGGCUACAAUUUUGUCCUUCCAUCGUACGUUUGGAAAUAGAAAACUGUUCCAAAUUGAGCUUAAGUCUGCAGAGGUUGUCUUAUCUAAGAAUUGAAGGCUUACACAAAUUGCCAGAGGGGAUAGCCCAUCUCAAGAACUUGCAAGCACUGGCAAUUUCUGGAUGCAUCCAAAAUUAUGACUUUUGCCCUCUCAUGCAUCUUCCUUCUCUUACAAAGCUUCAUUUGUGUGACGAGCUGAAAAGUGCCACCCAUCUUCCUCAACAACUUGAGCACUGCACUACUCUGCAAUAUCUAGUCAUUGAAAAAUUUGAGCAUAUGGAAGCUUUGCCAGAAUGGUUGGGAAACCAGCUUACAUCGUUGAAAGUAUUAUGUCUUGACUCUUGCAAGAAUCUGAAACAGUUACCUUCCACAGAAGCAAUGCUACGCCCCACCAAAUUAAGUGCUUUCUAUGUUGAUGCAUGUCCGCGGCUACAACUCGGUGAAGGUGACACGGAGCGGGCCAAACUUUCCCAUCYAAUUCCAGAAAUUCGUGUUUACCUCCAUCAUAUUUGGUUUUUUUGGUUCUUUUUAGGACCACCCUUGAGAUAA